AUGGCUACCCCCGUCGCCCAAGUGCCCGUGCCGCCGGCCGCGCCUGCAGCGCCGCAGGUGCAUGCAGUGCCUGAAAAGACCGUCAGCAACAGCUCGCUGACUGGCUUCUUCGCUUCGUUUGACCCGAUCAUGCGUCCCAUCGCGAACGUGUGCAGCACGAUGCGUGAGAUCCGCCGUUCGCUCGCGCUGCCGAACCUCGGCACUGUCGAGAAAAUGCAGAACGAGGUCAAGAUGGUGCAGACGGCCAACUUCCAGUUUGAGGGUGCGCGUGCGGACCUGACCAAGGCCCUCAGCAUGAACCCCAUUUUCCAGGUGACGCACGCAUUCACGCUUGGCGGAGCUGGCAAGAAUGCGUACAACUUUGGCGCCGUGUACGGCGAUGAAAAGCGCUUCUACCAAGCCGGUCUUGAUGAUGCAGGCAAUGUGACGAUGCGUCUGAACCGCCUGCUAUUCCCCGGUCACAUCUCCAAGAUCCAGGCACAGUUUGCUCCGGCAGGCGGCCAGAGCUUUGUGCAGUUGGAGCAUGACUUCCAGGGCGCGGACUACAGCAUGAACUUCAAGGCGCUGAACCCGUCGCCCACGAAUUUGACCGGUAUCUAUGUCGCCAACUAUCUCCAGACGCUCACGCCGCGCUUUGCGCUGGGUGCCGAGGCCGUGUACCAGCACCCGAGUCCUGAGAUUGAGGAGGCGACUGUGGGCUAUAUGGCCAAGUGGGUCGGUCCUGCGAAGGAGUGGAUCGCGACGGCGCAGUGGCAGCCGCAGGGUAUUGCUCAGCUCACGUACUGGCACCAGCUGAGCGAGCAGGUCGAUGUGGCUGGUGACCUGCAGAUGAUCACGCUGCCUCAGCGCCGCGAUGCACAGGCGUCGCUGGCUGCGCGCUACUCGUUCCGCAUGGCAUCGCUGCGUGCGCAGAUCGACAGCCUCGGCAAGUUGACGUCCGUGUACGAGGCGCGCAUCUCGCCCGCGUUUGCGCUUACCUUCAGCGGUGAGCUGGAUCACUUGAGUGGCGGUGCCAAGUUUGGCCUGGGUGUGUCGAUCGAGAGCGGCGUCGAGCCUGUCGACCCGAUGGCACUGCCGCCCACGCCGCCGACGGUGCCGAUGUAG